GGCUUCCUCUGCUGCUCAAGUCCGGAGCGGUCCCGGUCACAACUGAAAAACCCGAAGGAUUCAAGUAUUUAGAUGUUGCAUUGAGAUAACAACCUACGCACAUCGAAACACAGCAAAAGAUGGAGUGGAGUCUCUCUGUGUAGGUCCAUGAUGGCUGUCGUCUUGACCACAGCAGCUGAAGGCCCCCUCCAAGCCCAUGUAUGUACGUUGUUAUGGCAACAGUAGAUGGAAACACGGACGUUGAGACCCUGUUGGCUGCGAUCCACCUGGAGCGAUACCUGAAGACCUUCCGCCAGUCUGGCUUCCUCUUGGCCAGGGACCUCAGCCACCUAGACAAUGGAGCUCUUAUCCAGCUGGGUGUAACUGCCACCGGGCACAGGAAGAGAAUUCUGAGACUGGUCCAGCACAUUCAGAGGGCUACCAAUCCGAAUCAGUCGACAUCAGAGCCCUUGGAGCCCUUAUUGGACCGUUGUCAGUCUGAGUCUGACAUUAAUUCCACACCCAUCCAAUCAGGAGGGCCGAGGUCUGACCAAGGGGGCGGAACCGGGGCCAUUCCGUUUGAAGCGUUCCGGAAUAGUUCUGUUCCUAACAUUCCAUCCAUGUUGAUGAACUCCGGGUCAGAACAACAGCAGCAGUACAAUGGGAAUGUUGUCAUAAAACCGGUUCCAAAACCUAGAACGGUGUUUUACAGACACAAAACAGAACCCGCUCGGUUUCUAUCCUGUCCCAUACCACCGACACCACCAGAUCCUCAUGUUCUAACCCUAACCAGGAAACCAUCUCAGGAAUCUCUCUGUUUCACCAUAUUAGAAGGUUUGGCUUCAGGAGAAUUUAACACUGACACAGUGAUGGUGGGGCCUACCCCUACCCAUAACCCUAUCCCUAACCCUGCCCCUAACCCUAACCCUGCUCCUAACCCUACCCCUACCCUGAGACACAGCCUAAGCCUGAGAGAGAGGAGGCUGAGUAACUCCUCAGACUCUGGAGGUCCCCAGCCCCCUGUUCCCCCUCGGCUGAACCGAGGUACCCCUCCAGCCAUGUUUAGGGGACCUACAUCCACACCACCGUCAUCUGGUGGAAGGACUGAACAAAACCAGGACCAGUGGACGACAACCCCACCUCCCUCAUCCUCCUAUGAUAACACUGGAUUCCCCUCUCUGGCCACUUCCCCUCCUGGCUCCCCGAUGGAGAUGGUCUCCAAUGAGAUCUACUGUGGCACUUCACCUGGCACGGCAGCUAGUAGAGGACGGAUUCCCUGCAACGCUCCUCAAACACCACCACGGCCAGAGAUCCACACCACUCCUGAAAGAAUUAGCACUUUAAGUAACAACUCUUGUGAAUCGUCCCACGGAGUCCCCAUGGAGAACCCAGAGGAGGAGAUCAGUCCCUACUGUGAAACCGUCUUCCAGACCAGACGACCACUGCAGCACUCUGAGGCGGAAAGGACCAACAGUGAAGGAAAGGCAGGAAUGACAAGAGCAGAGGAAGAGAAACACGGAGAGGAUCAUGGGACACCCAAACUCUCCUGGGCCAAACGUCUGUCCCACGCCCUCCACAGUGAGUCCCAGGGCUACAGCACAGUAGGAGAGGCAGCACCACCCCCUCGCUGCCUCUCCUUACCCCCCAACCUGUACCCCUCGGAGCCGGAUGAGGACCAGACGAUAUCCCCCUACGCCAGCUACACCUCUCUCUCUGAGCAGACUGAACCCAUCAUCUGUGGCUGGCUGGAUAAGCUAUCACCACAAGGGAACUAUGUAUUCCAGAAACGCUAUGUGAAGUUUGAUGGCAAAAAUCUGCUGUACUUCGGCAGUGAAAAGGACCCGUACCCCAAAGGAGUGAUUCCUCUGGCUGCGAUACAGAUGGCCCGCAUGGCCAAAGACAAUAAAUUUGAGAUAGUGACAAGUCACAGGACGUUUGUCUUCCGGGCUGAUAACGAAGUGCAGAGACAUCAGUGGUGCAGUAUCCUACAGGGGAGGGUGAAGGAACAGCUUGUGUUCGGGCGCCCUCGCUUCGGUCCUGGCAGCCACUGUCAGAGGAGUGGUCCUCUGGAGCUCAAAGGGACCAAGUCAAAAGUCUACGUGGCCAUCAACACAGAGCAGGUCUGGCUGUACAAGACUGAACAGUGUUUUAGGAAUGGGAUAGGAAUCACGCUGAUCGAGGCCAGAGGAGCUACGAUUAGAGACGGCAAAGGAAAAAGCUUUGACCUCAUCACUCCUUACAAAACAUUCAGUUUCACAGCUGAGUCUGAGCGGGAUAAGAGGGACUGGAUGGAAGCUGUACAGGAGUCCAUAGCAGAGACCCUGUCUGACUACGAGGUGGCUGAGAAGAUCUGGUCCAACAGGUUUAAUAAGCUCUGUGCUGACUGCCAAGCAGUCAACCCAGACUGGGCCUCCAUAAACCUCUGUGUUGUCAUCUGUAAGAACUGUGCAGGUCAACACAGAGGUCUGGGGACUAUGGUGUCUAAAGUACAGAGCCUGAAACUGGACACCAGCGUGUGGAGCAAUGAGAUCGUGCAGCUCUUCAUAAUGCUGGGGAACGACCGAGCCAAUGAGUUCUGGGCGGCCAGGUUAUCUCCAGCUGACGAGUUAGACCAUGAUGCCACACCGGACCAGCGGAGAGAGUUUAUCAUCCAUAAGUACCGUGAGGGGCGCUACCGACUCCCCCACCCCAACUUCAACACACAGGAGGAGCUGCUCAAGGUUCUGUGUACUGCUGUGACCGAGCAAAACCUGCUGAAGACGGUCACCCAGAUCUUCACCGAGGCAGAAGCUGUCCGAGCCCGCCUCGCUGCCUCUAAUGGAUAUGACAAGCAUCUGUCUCAGGAAUACUCCCUCCCGCAAGGCACCUCAGACCCCAGUGUGUAUGAUGAGAUUAUGCAGGCCGUGCUGCACUCCGGCUACCUCUACAAGUCAGCCUCAAUGAACAAAGGGACAUUAUCCAGGAAAACCAGAGAAGAUUUCCAGAAGUACUGGUGCACGGUGGAGAGGUCUCUUCUGUUCUAUGAGUCUGACCGAUGUCCUGAUCCGAGCAUGAAGAUCAACGUCAAAGACAUCGUCUGUCUGGGGGUCAGCAGGCCGGACUCCUGCAACAACAACGGCUUCGUUGACAGGUUUCUCUAUACGUUUCAACUGUACUUGUCCUCAGAGAAGCUCUAUCAGUUUGGAUUGGAAACUCCUGAUGCACUGCAAUGUUGGGUCAAGGCCAUUGGAAAGGCCGCCACACCUUUAAGCUGCCACUGCCUGCUAGCGAGGGAGUUUGAGCGGGUGGGAGUGCUGCGUUACAAGGCCAUGCGAGACCCUUCUCAGUGGAAAGAGGGAUAUUUUGUCCUUCAGAAGUCUAACCUCUUCAUCUGCCCAGGGAACGACGGAGCAGCUGAGGACAUUAUCAAUCUUAAACGUCUGCAAGAGCUCAGUAUAGUAACUGAGAACCAAAACCAUGAGAAGAAGGAAAUUCUGGUUUUGGUUGAAAAAGGAAGGACGCUGCACCUCCAGGGGAUGGGUCGGUUAGACUUCUCCCUGUGGUACGCAGACAUCCAGAGAGCUGCCGGAGGGAAGGGCAACACCCUGAGAGAACAGCAACUCAGCAGGAAUGAUAUCCCCAUCAUCGUAGACAGCUGCAUCGCCUUCAUCACACAGUAUGCUUGGAUCAAGAGGUAA